AUUAGAUUCACAUCCAUACAGCUAAAGAAAUCCUGACAACAAGAAGGAACCAGUGGGUAUUUGUUGUAGUCUUGCUUUCGCGGGGCUGUGCGCCGUUGCCAAGGAACCUGCUUAGCCUGUUUUGAAUCUCAUCGUCCCAGCAUCCGUAAAAAUGGUCAAGAUAUUUGUUGGUAACGUAGCUUCGGCCACCACGGAAGCUGAACUGCGAGCGUUGUUCGAACAGCACGGUGUCGUGUCCGACUGUGACAUCCUGAAGAACUACGGCUUCGUGCACAUGGACGAGGAGGAAGCGGCCCAGAAAGCCGUCGCUGCUUUGCACAAGCACGUUCUCAACGGCUCGCGCAUCACUGUCGAGUACGCAACUACCAAGGUGCGCAACGCCACCAAGAUCUACGUUGGCAAUGUGCCUGAGGGUGUCACGGCCUCAAAAAUCAAGGAGCUCUUCCAGCCAUAUGGCAAGGUGGUGGAGUGUGAUAUUGUGAAGAAUUAUGCAUUUGUUCAUAUGCAAAGGGAAAAUGAGGCCUUGGAGGCCAUCAGGGAGCUUAAUCAUACAAAAUUGGAGGGUCAGAAAAUCUUUGUGUCCCUCUCUCGCAGUAAUCAAGCCAAAAAUAGCAGAGGAGAUGACUAUUUCCCACCUCCUCCCCAUCACUAUCCGCCCCAUCCUCCUUACCUGCCCCCACGUCCUCCACUCGGCGAUUUCUAUCCGCCUCGGGGUCGUCUUCCGCCGCCACCACUUCCGCCACCGCCUCCCCGCUCCUACUAUGACCGCGAAGCAUACGAGAGGGGUGGUCGCCACGACCCGUAUGCCGCCGCCUCGCAUUUUUACGACCGGGACCCCUAUGAGCGGCGUCCUCCGCCUCCGCAGCGACCCCCCUCACCUCCCGUUGCACCUCGUUACUACCGAGAGCGCAGCCCUUUGGGCAAUCGUCGGUCUCUGCUGCCUCCGCCGCCCCCACCGCCACCGCCUCCUAGCUACAUGCGCGGCUAUGCUCGUGGUGCUUCGGCCUCCGCACUUCCUCCCCCGUCCUCUGCCGCGGCCUCCGGCUAUCAGCGUUAUUCGCUCGGCUCAGGCUUUGAUAAAGAUGAUUACAUGGAGGACAAGUACAGCAAUGGCUUUGGCCGUGGCUACUAAGUUUGCUUUGUUCAGAGAGUCUAUGUGUCUCCCUUUUUGUAUAAGGGAAGCUAAUAAACAGGGACGUAUCUGCAGGAAUUAGGAAAUAUUUCAUGACGCUUGUAGCUAAUUUUCACAAUAGGUAUAGCGCAGCUAAUUUUCUGUUAAGCGUAUUUGUUAGCAUAUUAGAAAACUGUUAAAUGCUGAUUUAAGUCAGAAUCUGGACAGGAUUUUUUUUUUAUAAUGUAUAAAGGAUGUCGGUGUUUUCCAUUUGGAGGGGAUCUUUUCGCAAUGAAUUUGAAUUAGGUCUUUCAUAAUUUUUUUUUUUAUUGAAGUAGAAUGUUUUGCAUGUGUGUCAGUCUAGAUUGUGAGGGACUGCCUAGUACUAAUAAGUGCGUUAUCAUUAAUAUUAUUCUUUUUUUUCUUUUUUUUUCAGGAGCUUAACAUACUCCUUAUUUAAAUCAACCCUAGCCCACACCAGCAUGGUUACAUAUUUUUACAACUUAUAGGCAUGUGUGAUUUUUUUUUUUUAAAACAUAGACUUGCAUGGUUAAGAAAAGUAGGCCUCUAAAUUGAGGAUUAACAACAUUCUUAUGGAUGGCUUUGACUUAGCUAUGUUGCAUUCCAUAGUUGUGACUUGCGUAAGAAAGAAAGUGAAGGAACAGGGAGAAUGUGUUUAAAUUAUGUGGUAGUGGUCAGAGCUGGGGAACAUGAUCAUCCAAUCGCAUCUUAACAGCCGCCCGAGCACGACAUCGACUCGACACACAGCGCUUGGAAACGACGUCGCCUUCUAGGAAAAAGCAGCGUCAACUAAAGGAAACUCGGGAGAAACUCGACCAUCCGCUUCAUAAAUCAAAAACUACUACAACGUAAUCGGUAAUGCUCCUAUAAAAUUGUGUCCAGCCCAGUAAUCGUGCACACAGACUUUCUUGAUAUUCAAGACGUUCUAACAUCUUAAUACACUGGAUCUGCUUGUGAUUAAAAACAGUUACCAAACCUCAAAUAUUGUAGCCAACCCUACGUGUUAUGGUGUCUCCUACGUUCCUUUUGUAAACACCCUUUUGUUAAAAUGUACCUCUGAAAGCGUAUAUAUCUCAACUGUGGAUGCAAACCGAUGUCUUCUUAAAUGGGUAAGCUCUUUAACAGGUGUCCGACCGCAAGUCGAUUUCUGUGCGUGCUGUGAUUACUUUAGCAAAAAAUUCAGUUAUGUGCUAGCAGUCGCUGUCUCUCCAACCGAUUCAAUAAAACAUCGACUGAUCUGA